UAUGUAUUAUUAAACUUCGCAUGGUAUUCACGUAGCUAGUUACCAUGGCAGGAAAAACCACCAUAAAGCCAUUUAAACAUUCUAGCUUUACCUAUUGACCUAUAUUCAACUGCAGAAAGUACUAUGGAGACCAACCUGCAUUUAAGGAAUUCAUAAAUUAAUAAUUAUAAAGCAUAAGGAAAGAUGCAAGCAGAUCAACAGCAGAGUAAACGUACACGCUCAUAUGUGGAGGAGGUUUUCCGGCUAAUAGAAGAAAAACCAGAUAUAGUGGAUAUAAUUAUAUUGAACAAAAAUGGCAAUCCCGUCAAGACGACCAUGGAGAAACAAAUGGCUAUUGAGUUUGCUGGUCUAUAUGAAAUAUUGAAGGAGAAAGUACAAUUGGGCUUACAAAAGAUUGAUCCGAAAGAUGAGUUAUUAAUGCUACGUGUGCGGACCAAAGCCAAUGAGGUACUUAUAACGCCAGAUGGAAAAAUUACUGUGAUGGUGGUACAAAAUGCGCAGGAUAGAAUACAGUUAUGAGUGUUAUUCCAAAUUUUACAAAACCAAAUUACACGAAAAAUAUAUA